AUGUACUUUGUAGACUGGACACAUCAAUCUGGCGCCAUCUUGGCUUCGCUGCAGGCCCCCCUGAGGCGGCGGCCCCUUAGCAGCAGCGCUUUGAGGCCGGCUUCGAAUGGGCCAUUGUUUGCGGGUCGCAGAGAUAGGAGACUAAACAAGAUCCGUAUAUGGGUGGACAGCUACUGCGUAGAUGUCGACUACGUAGGCAGUCUGGCCUCUUUGGGCGUCUCGUCAUGGCGCCCCGCAGAGGUUGCGAUUGGGCGCAGCUCGCAGAAAGAGAGGGCCCUCUGGGAGAUUGAGGACAAGAUACGAUCGUCGGUCCCGAAUCGGGCCCCACGGAGAGAGCGCAGUGGUGCGCAAUGGUGCAAGGGCGGCAACGCCGAUCAGAGGCUUGUUUGGGGUGUUGCGCUGCACCUGCCCUGCUAUGCCCUGCCCUGCCCUCCUGCCCUCCACUGCGUGAGUGACGAUGGUCUCUGA